AUGUCUCUCAAAGUUAAUUUCGCUGCACAUGGCAAAGAAUUAACCGCUACAUACAAAGCUGUCUUGAACGGUAACGAAGAUAUCAACUGGGGUCUAUUUGGCUAUGACAAAGGAACAAACGAUUUAAAAGUUCUGGGUAGUGGAGGAGGCGGAUUAGAAGAAUUAGAAGACGAAUUUAAUGACGGCAAAAUCCAAUAUGCUUUCGUAAGGGUUAUCGAUCCCAACACGGAAUUGCCAAAACUUGUGCUUAUCGGUUGGUGUGGUGAGGGAGUUCCUGAAGCGAAAAAAGGGUUAUUUAACUCGCAUUUUAACGAAGUUUCAAGCUUUUUGAAGACAGAUGUCGAGCCAGCUUAUAUAAUGAAGCGUAUCGAAGAAAGUGGCGGUUCAAAAUAUUCUAUUCACAAAGAGGCUCCGCAAAGGCCCGAACCCAUCCUCCCUGUGGGCUCUGUUUAUAGACGAGAGCAAAUACCGGAUAUCGCGGCCAUGCAGCGCGAAUCUGCGCGACGAGCUCCAAUCAAGCCCGUGGGAACAACAUACCAAAAGACAGAACUUCCGACCCCAAAACCUCUUGGCACACGUUCGACUUGGGCAACUGCUGAAGAGAACAAACCUUCUCCUGUACAGAUGCGUUUACAACGAGAACGAGAAGAACGAGAACGCGAAGAACGGGAAAAUAGAGAAAGGGAAGAGAAGCAAAGAGAGAAAGAGGAAGAAAGAAAGCGAACUGAAAGAGAAAAUAGGGAAAGAGAAGAGAGAGAAAGAAGAGAAAGAAAUGAGCGUGAGGAGCUAGAGCGUCGCGAAAGAGAGGAACGCGAACGUAAAGAAAGGGAAGAGCGAGAAUGGGAAGACCGGGCAGAUCGAGAACGGCGAGAACGGGAAGAACGGGAAGAGCGAGAGCGGAGAGAACGAGAAGAAAGGGAAAAACGGGAAGAGCGAGAGCGGAGGGAACGAGAAGAAAGGGAAGAGCGAGAGCGGAGAGAACAGGAAGAAAGAGAGAGAAGAGAAGCUGAAGAAGAGGAAAGACGCGAGCGUGAGGAACAAGAACGUUACGAAAGAGAAGAGCAAGAACGAAAGGAACAAGAAGAGCGCGAGGCAGAAUUACUACAACAACAGCAAGAAGCCGAUUCGGGUUAUGAUCACGCAGCCCAACCAUUGUCUGCGGUCGUUAUAUAUGCUUAUGAUGCAGGAGAAAGUAAUGAGAUGUCCCUAGUUGAAGGCGAAAUCAUUACGAAUAUCGUUCAACUGGAUGAAGGUUGGUGGCAAGGCGAGGGUGAUGAUGGCAAGAAGUCUGGCCUAUUUCCAGCUUAUAGUCAUGCGGGUGAAGAAGACUCUGGCUACACGGCAGUAGCGUUAUAUGCUUACACCGCCGAUGAAGCGAAUGAAAUAAGCUUUGAUGAAGGCGCAAUUAUAACCAAUAUUACAUUUGAAUCUGACGAUUGGUGGCAAGGCACAGCUCCUGAUGGAAGCGUAGGACUGUUUCCUGCCAAUUAUGUAGAGCUAUCACAAGAGUGA